AUGUACAGCAAACUCAGUAGAUCUGGUACACAUGACGUGAAAUUGUCUUGCCCCAACAGUUGGGAUGAGUGGGUUAGCUCCGACAGAUUGUUGAAACACACCGAGGAGAAUCUUGUGAAACAGAAAGAUCUGGACAAAAAGCAAGGUGUUGAAAAGGGUACCAGGUCUGGCCGGUCUGCUCAGACAAGAACUAGAAGCUCUGCUGUUGGAAAAGGGAAGAAGCGAAAGAACGAGUCAGGCAAUGAGAAGGAUAACGCACCAGCAGAGAAGCUAGUCAAGAUCCAGAUUCCUGCAACAUUAAAAAAUCAGCUCACUGACGACUGGGACAAUAUUACGCAAAAGGAUAAGGUUGAAAUCGAUAGAGUUAUAUACCAUAUUGGCUUAAAGGAAAUAUCACAUUUGGUUGUGAAACUUCCGCGUAUACCUAAUGUCGAUGAGAUAUUGACCAAGUACCUUGAGCUCAGAAUCAAGAAGGAUGGAAUAAAUCAAAUGAAGCAAAUCUGUGUGUUGUACAGGAUAACUGAUACGGUUGGUGAAAUCUUGAAAGGCAUAAGGUGUUAUUUCGACAAGGCGUUACCUAUGAUGCUCUUAUAUGAUAAAGAGCGGCGACAAUACGAAGAAGCAAUCGCGGAUGAUAUUUCACCUUCGACUGUUUAUGGCGCCGAGCAUUUGCUUCGUCUCUUUGUGAAGUUGCCGGAGCUUUUUUCACGUGUAAACAUGGAAGAAGAAACAUGGACUCGCUUGCAUCAUACACUAUUAGACUUCCUCAAGUUCCUUCAGAAGAAUCAGAGCACCUUCAUGGUAGCAUCAGCAUAUGAAUCUGAUAAGGUUUCAGACGGUAAAGGCAAAGGCAAAGGCAAAGGCAAAGAAUGA